GAUUGGACGAAGCGAAACAAGUGUGAAAUGGCAUUGAGGCUAUUGAGGUCAUCGGAGUGUCUUUGAAAGGUUAUCGAGUUUUGUCUGAAAUUUGAAAUCAGCCGCAUUUGUGAUCACGAAGUUACAGAGAACAUGUUGCCACGAUACCUAAAGCCUGUGUUAAACGUCGCUCAACAAGGAGCGAAGCGAUUAUCCACCAGCGCCAGAUGCAACGCCAAGGUCGCGGUUUUGGGAGCAAGCGGAGGAAUUGGACAGCCGCUAUCGUUACUUCUCAAAGAAUCAUGCCUUAUAAGCGAAUUAUCGUUGUAUGAUAUCGUGCAUACGCCAGGUGUUGCCGCUGAUUUAUCGCACAUAAAUACACCAUCCAAAGUAAAAGGAUACACCGGUCCAGAUGAACUGAAAGAUUGUGUUAAAGGAGCAGAGCUGGUCAUUAUUCCUGCUGGUGUUCCACGUAAACCUGGAAUGACCAGAGAUGACCUCUUUGACACAAAUGCUUCGAUAGUGAGAGAUCUUACUAAGGCUAUAGCAGAAGCAUCCCCAAAAGCUAUCAUUGCCAUUAUUUCAAAUCCAGUCAAUAGCACUGUGCCUAUCGCCAGUGAAGUCUUGAAGAAAGCUGGUGUUUAUGACCCCAAUAGAGUAUUUGGUGUAACUACUCUUGAUAUUGUUAGAGCAAGCACCUUUGUCGCAGAAGCCAAGGGCCUUGACCCACAAAAAGUAAAUGUGCCAGUUAUCGGUGGUCACAGUGGUGUCACUAUUAUUCCAUUGAUUUCACAAACCAAACCCUCAGUUUCUUUCCCAGAAGAUAAACUGAAGGCUCUCACUACCAGAAUUCAGGAAGCUGGUACAGAGGUCGUUAAAGCGAAGGCUGGCACAGGUUCUGCGACGCUUUCAAUGGCGUAUGCUGGCGCCCGAUUUGGUCUCUCUGUACUCAGAGCGCUUAACGGAGAACAGGGUAUCGUAGAAUGCACUUACGUUAAAUCAGACGUCUGCGACACCAAGUACUUCGCAACACCGUGUCUCUUGGGCAAAAACGGACUCGAAAAGAAUCUUGGUAUCGACAAACUUAGCGAAUUUGAGAAGAAACUGCUGGAUGCAGCGAUCCCAGAGCUUAAGAAAAACAUUAAAAAAGGAGAGGAUUUCGCGAGCAAGAAAUGAAUAUCGCUAUUUUGCUCAUAUAAUUGAUAAUGAACUAAAUAGCGAGUAAUAAAUUUAUCAAAUGAGACUCUACUAUAUUCAGUAAUGAUUAUAAGACAGAUUCGCGUUGUACGCGAAAAAAGAAUUUUCAUAAAAGGGAAAGGUAGAUCCUUUGCCGAUAAGUAGACAUAUACCUCGUUUUAAACGAAGUGGUAUUUCAAAACACGAAGUGUUCUAAUUUUAACAUAAACGUAUACAAUUGUAAUUAAAGAUAAACUUUGUUAAUUAGAAAAUAAAUCUUCUUUUAAGUGAAAAACA